UGUCGCGUCGCGGUUUCCAUGAAGGCUGCCGUGGUUGGGAGUGUGGGCAGCAGGGCCUGCUGACACGGUGAGCAGUUUUUGCAAAAAUAUAACCCUGGUUUUUAUCCCAGGCCAUGAUAAAGUCCCAGUUGAAGUUGGGGAAAUACAUUUAAUGGUGAUCGGAGGUGCAAUCUGGAAAUCGAUAAGAAACAGACUGGCAAGAAAGUUUUUAAUAGAGGAUUCGCUAACGGAAAACAGAAAGUUGGAACAAAUGGGUGAAUUUCAGUUUAUCGCAAAGACCAUGACUUUGCACUACAGUGGCCCUGAUUCUCUGUACUGUUGACACUGACUUCCCUGGGCAAUGCUCCAAGUAUCAAACUACAGCCUUGUGCUGUCAGUACAAUUCAUUAUAAUGAUCUUCGAUCUGUUCGCCAAUUCCUUCUCCGAACUUUUAUUAACAGAACCAGUCGUUCCUCUAAUAAUAUUCAUUAUACAAGACAUUGGAAUCCUCUUCAAUAUCAUCAUCAUCUUCCUUAUGUUCUUCAACACAUUUGUCUUUCAAGCAGGGUUGGUCAAAUUGUUGAUUCACAGGUUUACAGGAACCAUUAUUGUCUCUGGGAUUUACUUUUUACUGAGUGUCAGCUUUCAUGUUUGGAUUCAGAAUCUGCGAUGGCGGAACCGUUACAAGUUUGUGUGGACAAAUUGGCUUCAGGCAUUUUUUGUCUUCCAACGGUUUGCUGCUAUUUUAUACUAUUACUGCUACAAAAGAACCACGCUUUGCCUUGGAGACCCUCGAUUAUAUGAAGACUCAGAAUGGCUCCGAAAUGAAUUUUUCCGUGUCCGAAAAUAAGAUGGCAGAGCAAUGCAUGGUGCAAUACUCUAUAUUUAAAAUGGAGAUUUAAAUGUGCAAAUUUGAAUAAAAUAGAGCAUAAUAACUUUGAGUUUCCUACCUGUAUUUAUAGAAAAUGUAAUAUUGUUUCAAGACUUGUACACAAAUAUAAUUAUUUUGACCUUGAGCAGUAAGGUGGUUAUUCUCUGAGCAUUUCACUGCUAAAUCAUGCAGUUGCCAUAAUUAGUUUUUCUCUGUAAAAUCAUUAUGAAUUUUGUUUAACUCUCAUUGAUAAGAAAGAUUUUUUGCUAGUUUUCUCCCAUAUUAUUACCUUCCUUACUGAAGGCAUAUACUUCUGCUGUGGAACAGUUCUGUGGCAUUGCUAAUUCUUCAAAGUGCAAAUUUGUUUUGAUUUAAAAGUCCAUGCUUUUGCUUCUCAGCAUUUGUGUGGUACUGCCUGAAAAUAGCAAUAUUUUUGUAGUCACUCCAACUGCCCCUCUUUUUUUUAAAAAAGGUUGAAUAACACCAUAGAAUUAUGUUCCCAGUAUAUGUUGUGCUGAAGUAUUGUGCUAUUUUCAGGGAGCUGGAUGGGCUAGGGAAGUUGUUAGAAUUUUGCAAGCUAUGUUGCUCUACAGGAGGGAUGCAAACUGGGAAAAGGUUUUGUACAUCUCCAGAUUAUUGAUUCAGAAAAGGCAUGAUGAGCUGUGCCCCUGAGCUAGUUCCCACCAUUAACCCUACAAAAGAGGUACCGAUGAUCUUAAUACACUACUUGAGAGACAGGAACUAGCAGAUUGAUCUGCAAUUGUUUUAAAUUUUUCACUCUAUAUUUUAAUGUUGUUGUAUGUAUCCACUUAGAGCCUAAUUUUUAAAAUAUUUUUAUUCUUUAUAUAUUUGAGUCAAAAUGGUGUGCAGUACUUAGGUUUGCUUUGAUGUACAAUUUCAACUCUGCAAUUUCAUUUGAAAAAUGUGUUAUGUCAGAACAUUUAAGACCUGCUACUUUCAUCAUUAUAGAUAUAUUGAUUAAUGUUCUUGUAUUAAAAUAUUUGUUUAUUUUGUGAACCAGAUUAGUAUGACAACUUUUAUAAUAGAGUAUUUUCUCAAAUAUUUCUGUACUAUGAUUGUUUUGUA